GGCGUCUUUAAACUUGCUUAUCUUGGCGGCGAAUGGGAAAUCGCAAUAAAAAAAAAGGUUAAAAAAAAUACUGCAGGUUACGAUAUAGUCGACAAGGUAGGUUAUCAUAAACCUUUACCAGGGCAGUGAACAGCACAUGAAACUUUUGUUUGGCAUACUGUAUGUAGGACACGAGAGAAAGCUUAAAUAUAACUGAUAGCGGUAAGGUAAAAUAUCUUUGAUGGGUAACUUGUAAACUUAAGUGCAGGAAAAACAACUUUUUUCUGUAACGAUAACAGAUAUCUACCUAAGAGGUAGAAUUUGGAUAGGUUCCUUGAAAUUCAAGGAUAGGUUCCUUGAAAUUCAACUCCUGAGGAAUUCAUCUACAUUUGACAAAUCAAUAGAGUUGGAGUCAUCGCGUUGAAGUUUCGCACCCGUCCCGUCGUGGUUGCUAUCCCUGAUAUUAACUCUUAUUAUUCACUGAAAAUACUUCUCCGUAUUCCCCCAGCUAAUUAUUUGUUACUAGCUAGCAUUGAUCCAAUUUGGAAUAUACUUUCCUAUAUCCUGAAAGAUGAGUCACCUUUACAAACAAAGAUAGGUUUUCACUGUCGCGUAAUUUUUACGUGCGUAAACAUCCCUUCAUAUCGUCAAACUCCUGAGGAACAGAUAAAUGUUGUAAAGACGGAACUUUCAAUAGAUGGAGCCCGAGGUAAACUUAUUUUGAAGUUGGAAAUAUUUUAAAUUUAUACAAAAGCAAUUACUGGGUUCGGCUUUUCUAUGAUGUGAGAAACUAGUUAUGCAGGUCGCAGAUCUGCGCAUAACUCUUCAUGAUCAUAUUCGGCUUUAUGCAAUAAUUUCUAAUUAGGUUGUACGAAAUUUUAUUUUUUCCUCGACUUGAUAUAAUUGGACAGACUACGUGUCGGUGACGUCACAAUUAUACGACCUCAUACUCUACUCUUGUGUAGUUCUACUUAGAUCAGGUAGGUAAUUCUUAUGCAAGGCGUUCAUUUCUAAUUUUCUUUACUGUAGUUUCCAAGUGUGAAUUAUUAAAUGUAAUACAGCGUUAGGCUAAUUCUGUAAUAAAUGAAUCGGGGUUAGCCGUUGCUAAAAUUUGAACAGUGAUAAAAACUGUAGCAAAGUCAUGAAUCUUUUUCAAGAUUUGAUGCAGAUUAGGCUCAACACAAUGGAGACCAUGCAACCCCUUUUUUUAUUGAAUCAAACUGCCUUGCUUUGCAGUCUUUGUUCUUUCAACAGUUCAGCUAUUUAAAAAGCUCCUAAAAGUCUUCUCGAUAAGUUUGCGAAAAUCAAUACAAAAUAUCAUUAUAAAACGCGAUUAUCUGCAAAAGAAUGUUUCUCUGUCAAAUUCUCUAGAACUCAAAAGAUGAAAAAAUCUUGUACUAGAAUUCGUGUGUCUAUUUGGAAUUCUAUUCCACUUUCUGUUAGAACUCUCAACAUAUCUAGUUUUCGUAAAACAAUUAAAUCACUACUCCUUAAUGUUCUAGGUAAUGAAGAUAAUUAUUUGAAUGUUAAUUAUUUAAUAGAAUAUUUUGUGAAGUUAACCUGAUAUGUUGUAUAUACCUCCAGUUGUAAUUUUACUCUUUUUCAAAUAACAAAAUCCCCUGUACUUGAAUUUAUAUGUAAGGUGUUUCUUUCUGUAUGUUUUUGCAUUUAUUUUUUUUCUUUUUUCUUAUGUAAUUUAAUAACGUCUUUUGUCCUUCCUAGAUUAGCAUUAUAGCUAUUUGCAGGACAUAAAGUAUUGUAAACUUUAUAUUUCUUUAAAUAAAUACAUUGUUGUUGUUCUAAUGGGGGAAAUACCGUGAUCUGAGGAGAAAAUUGAGAGAAAAUUAAGAACAAAAACCUCAAUUGAUACAAAACCCGCAAAACCGCAUAAUUUUGGCUCAGAAACGGAAAAAAACGAGUCAUGAUAAACAAAAACCGCAAAAAGUAAAACUCAAACUUUUUGACAAAGAGGGUAUAAAUAUCCUGCCACAAUUAAAAAUAUUUCUUUUCGGUGUUCUCAGACACCUUUUCUUAAAAAAAAAGAGGAAUUUUUCGUAAAUAUUUGACAUAAGCGCAUUCCUGUUGACAUAGCCAGAAGGUUGUGGUAUACGUAACACAUUAGCAAACAGUGAAACUGUGCUGUUUACAACUAGGUACUACACAGCCAGUAGUAUUUGAAGUAGUGGCAAUUAAGGUAAAAAAAACGUAAAGGUAAAGAAAAUACAGUAACAACUUUUCUGGUUAUUUUUCUUUGUUUUCUUUCUUUUGACAGGAAAUUUAAUCUUUUUGUUGUUGUUGUUGUUUACGUGUCUAGCGCUGCAUCUUAUUAAACCGCCUGACCAAUGAAGAUCAAUAAAGGUACUUAUUAACUGGUGCUGGGUGCGGCAAUACAAAAGUUAACGAUUAAUAAUUAACAGCAAAGAUCCAGCUGAUGUCAUAUAUUACAAUGUUAACAGCAAACUUCAACUCCUGUCUUUUUCUGGUGUUCUUAAAGGUGUUUUGACUGUUAGCUGUUUUUAAAUGCCGGAAUGGCUGGAAAUACCAAAUCGUCAAGCUGCAAGCAUGAAAUAGAAUUUAGAGGCAUCCUAUUACCUGAUUAUAUUAAAACUUUAAUUUCCAACAAUAAAAUGUUUGAAAACGAUCAGGAUCAUAAACUUUUGACAAGACUAUAGUUGUCACGAAAUUCAUACGUUGGUUGGCCCUUAAUUAUUACGACAAUUGAAAUGCAAAUUUUUUUAAAAGUGGUGAUAAAGACUUAUUCCCAACCAUUCGGUUAUUUACCUUUUUAAUAGGCCUCUUAGCUGCUCUUUGCCAAGACUAAGCAAGCUAGUUAAUAAGAUCUCUAAGGAACUUACUCCUUACGUUAUUUGCAUAGAAUAAGAAGCGGUUGACAGUCAAGGCAGGAGUAUACGAUGAACAAAUCAGCCAACUCUACCCAACUCAUGAGUGAGAGCAAAACUUCAAAUGACAUGCAAUUAGCCGAACUGUUGGUGUGGUGCUCGCUAAAUGGUUUUGUAGCCAUCCCAGCGGUUCUUGGUAACUCGUUUGUCAUAGCAGCAUUCAUGCGUUUCAAAAAUCUUAGGACAAGAACGAACUAUUUCGUGGUUGGGCUCGCAGCUGCGGAUAUUCUGGUUGGUCUCUUAUCAAUUCCAUUUUGGAUCACAACAAUGGUUUCAAUUUGGCUUCAAAGUGUUUCUUGGAUGAAAAGUUCCCUUUUAUACCGAGCUUUUAUCGCACUGGAUGUUUUCUCUGGUAUAGCGUCCAUCCUCCAUUUGUUAUUGAUAAGCUUGGAAAGAUUAUACGCUAUUGGCUGCCCUGUUAGGCACCGAGUAUCCUCAACACGUUCCUACAUUCUGGCGGCAUCGUUAUCCUGGUGUUUAACGCUUAUUGUAACAGUUUUAUUCGCUGCACAGAAACAUUUUACUCAUUUUCCUCGUUUUCUCGUCUUACUAUUUUGCUUUCUCGUUCCUUUAAUUAUGAUAUGUUUUACUUAUAUCACGCUGUGGUUGCUUGUAAAGUUCCAGAAACAUGAUUCCAAUUUUUGGAACCGCAACAAAGAGAUAAAACUUAGCCUGACUAUCUUCUUUGUUAUUCUUUUGUUCAUUGCUGCUUGGACGCCUUUCAUGGUCAUAAACAUUGUCAUGUUUUUUUGUGGACAUUGUGUCAUUCCCAACAAGGUAGCUUAUGUUUCCAAGCUUCUCCAUUACAGCAACUCAGCAGUAAACCCUCUGGUGUACGGAUACAGGCUGCCUGAAUUCAAAAGAGCCUUUAGAUUUCUUAUAAAAAGCAGAAAAAAAUUACGUUUUGCCUCCCUA